AAUGAUUAAUUUGCCUUGUUUUGAAAAAUUAAAGCUAUAAAUUUUUUAAAUUUUCUUUUAAAAAAAGAAUCACUUAACGCCAAUGAACAAGAAAGAAAGUCCUCUUUUCCCCUCUUUGGUAAGGAGUGAUAGAUGAUGGUUUGUUUUGUUCAUAGAGAAAAUCAAUCAUAAACCCACAGCUAAAACCCUGACAAUCUCUCCCCAACAAUGGCUCUGGUGGCUUUUCCCCACUCCGAACCCAAUUCAAAUCCCUUUCAAGUUUACAGACUUCCUCAAGACUGCUACAUCGACGCCCUCCGGUGGCUUCCCCAGCUCUCCGCCUUCCACCGCCGCAUUCUCCUUGCCACCUUCGAUUCCGACACCUCCAGUUCUUCCCUCCAGACACUGACUUACACCCCUUCCCCCCCAAAUUCAAACCCGCAUUCAGAGUCAACUCCACCUCCCCCGGAACUAUCUCUUCAAUCGUCGUACCAAACCACGUCCAGAGUUACCUCUGUUAAGACUUUCUUAACCCCUCAAUCACAGAAGCCGAUUAUUGCUGCUUCAACUCUGAGUGGGUCGCUGCUGGUUUUGACUGCCGAUUCGCUUAAUGGGUCCUUGGAUUUUGGGUUUUCGGUGUCUGGGAAAGGGUUCCAUCGCGGGACUAUCUCGGGGAUUGAUUUGGGCGAAAAUGGGUCUGACUCUGUUGUGAGUGUUGGGGAAGAUGGGAGGAUCAAUUUUGUAGGUUUGGGAAAUGGGAGUAAUGGGAGUUAUCAAAGAGUUUUUGAUAGUAAUGGAUUGGUUUCUUACAGCGCUGUUAAGUGGGCGUCCCCUGUGGAGUUUGUGACUGGAGGGUUGGGGUUUUCUCUACAAUGGUGGGAUCAGAGGCGGCCUGGUGGACCGGUAUCUCAGUACAAAGGCAAUUGGUCUGCCGGGUCUACUUCUCGCAUUAUACACUCAAUUGAUAUUCACUCAUCUCGAAAGCACACCUGUUUGGCUGGAGGCUCUCUGGGCAUGGUAUUUGCAUGGGAUAUUCGUUGGCAAAACCAGCCGAUAAUUCUUUCUGGGGCUGGAACUGCUGCUAAUUCUGCUUAUACUCCCUGUGAAAGUGAAGUUUGGGAGGUUCAAUUCGACAACUAUAGUCAUUCUUCUAACAUUCAUAACCUCUCUUCAUCCCGGGUUCUUCCUGCAAUGAUUUGCUCAGAAGAUGGUAUUCUAGCCGUGGUUGAGCAGAGUAAUUUUCCUUAUCUAAUUUUCUUUUUUCUAAUUUUGUACAGAACAAACAGAUGCCUGCAUAAGUUUCUGUUCCAUAUUGACAUAGCACCAUUUUGUGGUCAUGGUGGGUGCUUGUUUCGGUUACUGAGUGUGUGAUCUUUGAUCUUUUACUUUUUGUUUGUUUGUGUUAUAUUGGGUAGAUGAAGCACCAAUGGAACUUUUGGCUGAACCCUGUGCCAUCAACAGUUUCGACAUUGAUAGACAAAACCCUACGGUUGGUAUUUCUUCUUCAUUUGCUUCCUUUAUUUGAGUUGAUAUGAAAGUCAGUUAAACUUGGGAUAAUAUACACGUUCCGGCUGUCUUUGAUUGGUACGUGUUAACGUGCAGGAUGUGCUCUGUGGUUUGGAAUGGGAGUCCAUAGCAAUUUUGGUUAGGUCAUGAUAUUCUACACGUGAUUCUGGAGAACCUAUAUGCGAGGUCUGCUCUGUCCAUAAUGGUUCAUGUUUUGCUCGAUUGAUGCUGAUUUCAGUGGCCAUUUUUUUGGGUGCACGGGAGUGGAAGGCAACUGUAUCAGUGAUUAAUUUGUCUCAGGAAAUAGAUUAUGAGCUUAGUAGUUCUUGUUUAGCUACACAGUUGGAAAAGCAAUAUCGCGUUAACCAAAGAAACAACAAGCAGUAUUGCGGUAUUAUGAUGAUGAAUCUUGUUCUUGUGCUCUGUAAUUUGUGAACUUUAGUUGUUUUCCUUACAGUCUAGUCGUUCCGUAAGAUGAUGCUUAAAAAUAAGAAUUGUUAGAGAAAUCUUGCUUCACUCUGAAAUGCCAUCAGAAGUUUAGGGUUAAAACUCAAAAGAUUACACGAAAUUUAGGGUCAAAACCUAUGCC